CAGAAAUAAAAAGAUCGAAAUUCAGGGAAAAGAUUCAGAAUAAACUCUGUUCAACGUAAGAAGAUUGAUUGAAACACAAGGCAAAUUUUUUUUGGUACAAUAUUUUUAAAAUUGCAAGCACCCCUCCCCCGACAGCAGCUGCAGCUCUUUGACGGCAAACACGUCAAAGCUUUCGGAAAAGGGCGAUAUCAGAGAGGAACUGUUCAUACUCAGUAUUCUCUCUCAAAAGAGACAGGAGCGUUGUAAUACGGCACAAAAUCGCCAUGGAUAAUGUUACAGGAAUAUUUCUGCGUAAAGAAGUCGAAGAACUGAGAAAGCAGGGCGAAAGCUGGGGCCUCACUAAAGAAGAAAUCGACCAAGCGAUUCUACGCGCACUGGGAGAGAAAUCUCCGUCAGCUUCUGAGGUUCCAAGCAAAACUAAAAGCAAGAAAUGCAGCUUCAUCAGUUGCUGUUUAAAAGUGGCAGGAUUUAUUAUUUUGCUCCCUAUUCUGUUAUACACUGCAGUUUCAGUGCUGAGUAUGAUAAAUCCAUCAAUUGGAUUGUACAUUGGGCAAAAGACAGCUGAUUUGCAGUAUCCAUUGCAGCGUGCAGUCCGUUUGAUUUCUCUUCCCUUGCACCGUUACGUUGACUUGUCAAAAUGGAGUGCCUGGGAGUGUAUGGUUGAAAAUCCUUUGUAUGUUCCAGAAAAAGCUGACUGUGCAUUAUGUGAGGGAGUGAAGAAAAUUGCCAGCCGUUCCAGUGCAAAUCUUACUAAAGCUGCAUUUAAGAAGCGCUUUUAUGACACUGCAUUACCGGUUGUGGUGAGAAACAUGCCAGGGUAUGGAGAUGUAGAGCACAGUUUUGAAAAAUUCAUGGAGUUUUAUCACGCCAACAAAGCGGAUCUAGAGCAGGAUGCUUGUGAAUUUAAGAUCAAUGGAGGCAUUAAUGAUUCCAUUACGAGUGUGGCAGAAGUUCUAGAAAAUUGGGACCAUUACAAGCCAGAUGGGAAUAUUUUAGGGUGGAAAGUCUGCUAUGGACAGGGCUUACGAUCCCUGCGAGCCCUGUUUCCUCGUCCUUACUGUAUUCACAGUGAGGGUGCUUUAGACAAGUCAGUCUAUCUGUUACAACCAGCCAUGCAAGGAACAGAUGGUUCCACUGAAGAACUUGUUUCAGAGAUGGUACAGGGCACAUUGGACAAUGUGUGGAUGGCACAGAUAACUGGUUCAACAGUCGUGAAACUUCUGCCAAUUGAGCACUGUGAGGACAAGUGUGCAACAUACCAGUUUACACUGAAACAAGGAGAUGUCUUUUUCUUCUCACAGCAUACUUGGGAGACCACCUUUCAUAAUAAUGGCAAUGAACCUGCUAUGGUCUUCACUUCUUCAUUUGCAUAGAUGACUAAAAGAGAGAGUGGAAAGACACAUGAUCUUCUCCAAACAUUAACUUAAUCGUUAAUGUAGUCAGUGGAAAGUACUCAGCCGUUACCUCUAAACAAAGUGAUAAUUUAAGCAACUCUAUGAUAUUUAGGUAGAAGAGGAAGUAGAACAUGUUAAAAAUUUAAUGUAAUGAAUAACUGUUUAGUGUAAGAGUUAGGGUCACCAAAUCAAUAAACAAUGAAAAAGCA